AUGGCUAGCUUUCGAGAUGUUCGCGAAGAUCAUGCCAACGAGUCUCACGAUCAACUGCGGGACAAAGUCCUCACGUUUUGGCCCAAUGGUAAACAUGACCUUGGCGCUUCGACAUCGGGUAUCAACUGCCUGAUUGUGCUUCUUAAAAGAAUCUACGUCUCCAUGAAUGAGCCAUUAUGGAACAAGCAUGAUGAGUCCGUGAAGCAAAUGGAGGACGAUAACCCGUUUAUGGCUCACGCCUGGCUGCUUCUCGGCCUGUCGCUAAAUACAAUUGGUGUUGCCUUGGACAAUCUUACUGUCCAGGUAUGGGGAAAGAAAUUGGACAACGUCGCACCUGAAGACCUCCAUUUCAAGAACCUUGUGAGCCACGCGCGAAUGCAGACCACCCUUUGGUCCAUGCCGCAAUUCAAUCUAAUGCUGGAUCAUCUCUGGUGGCAGCAGGAUACUCGUCGGUGGCGCCGGCUCCAGCACAAGGCCACGCCUACUGAGGUGAAGGACUACUUUGCAAAGUGGCAUCCUACGCCGACUCCCGACUCUGUUCGACUCGAUGCCUUUCCAGGAAUGAGCCUGGACGUCGAGGUGAACAAACUGUUUGGAGAGUUCUCCGUCGGAGAAUUUACCGUCCUGGUCCGCCCAGACGCACCGUCCUUCUUUUACGCAACGUUUACGGUAAAGGAUGUUGGCCAAGAAAAGCUUGAUUUCAAUGCUUUUCGCCGUUUCACUCUGGAGGUUGGCAAAUCUGUCGACGUCGAUGGAGUCAUGCGCUGGCAGCGAACAGGACGCCCAGGACAAAUGCCAUACAACCUCAUGGCUAUUGUCAAGUAUAGGGACACUGCUGAUGGCAGUGACUUGAUUCGGGUCUACGAUGAUUUCGGCAAUAAUAGCAUUCCAGUUGGAAAGUUGCCCGACUACGCAUCGCCUGAAUGGAGAAUGGCGGAUAUGAAAAACGGGGACACCUUUUUGGCCUUGUUUGUCUAUUCUCGCAUGCCGCCAAAGUCCAGACCUCCGUUUCCAGAGGUCUACAAGAAUGUCGACAAGACUGAAUUUUGCGAGCAAAGUCGCUUUUUCUCUAAAUUUUCUGCUGGGCGCCGAGUGAGAAAGCGAGAGUAA